GCCUUCAACCCCAGACCGGUGUGUAGUGCUUUGUGUGUGGCAUGGGCAGCACUGGGCAGGGUUUGUGUGAGGUGCUAGGUGGGUCCUGGCGUCUGCUCCACUCUUGCCAAACGCUGCGUGUCCAAGGUCUGUGUGCAUGUUUUCCUAUUGCUGCGGAACACCCUGCCCGCCCUUGCAGAAAAAGAGUCUUUUGUGCAGCACCCUUUAAAGGGCGGCUCGUCCCAUUCAGGUUCUCUCUCCUGGUGCCAGGUUGCAGGCAGGUUUAUCGCGGCAUCACCAUGAAGUCCAUCCCCUGCCUCUUGUUGGUGGCCUUGUCCUUCCUGGGGGCUUUGGGGCAGGCUCCAAGGCAAAAGCAGGGAAGCACCGCGGAGGAAUUCCAUUUCCAGACUCGAGGGAGAGAUUCCUGCACUGCGCGCACCAGCAGCUCGGGGCAAGGCGCUGGGGAAGCCCGGCUUCGCGUCGACUGCCACAACCAAACCCAGCCAUACUGGUGCGAGUAUAGCGGGCGGCCCGGGGUGUGCCAGGCCUUCGUGGCUGACCCCAAGCCUUACUGGAACCAAGCCCUGCAGGAGCUGAGGCGCCUCAGCCACGCGUGCCAGGGAACCCCGGUACUGAGGCCGUCUGUGUGUCAGACGGCCGGGCCCCAGGCGCACAUGCAGCAGGUGGCUUCCAGCCUCCAGGGUGGCCCAGCGCCCAAGCAGCACCCCGGGACUGCCAAGGCUGGGAAGCCAACUCCCAGGCCCGGGACUCCAGCGAAACCCAUGAAAGCAGUUCAGCUGGGAAAAGACUCCGUGAACCACCUGGAACAAGCCAAACCCACCACCCAACCCACGGCCAAGGGUACCCAGGCUGGACCCACGUCUGCAGGGAAAGAGGAAGCAGAGAAGAAGGCCUGGGAGCGCUGUUGGAAGCCCCUCCAGGCCCUGUGUGCCUUUCUCAUCAGCCUCUUCCGAGGGUGAAACGAGCUGACUCCAGGAGAGGGAAUGAUCUCAUCCUAUAGUAACGCUUUCAAUCUGAUGUUCUCACACUGGAUGGAAGGAAUUUCUAAUCAGAACCAACUGCACAAAUUCCUGAUCUGCAGCAUCUCUGAAGACUGGGAAAGAAACCUUCCUUUCAGGAGUUUAUGGAGUUCAGCGGUACCAUAGGCAACAGGUGCAGAUGAGCUUAAGAGUGACGGUCACGCACAUCUAUUUUUCAUCUUUAGGAGUUUUGCUUUAUUGAUCUGAGCCUUCUAUGAAAGUUUAAACAUGUAACAUAU